AUAAAUUAUUACAAAGACCACGACGCCCCCGGGCAGCCCUCUCGCUCCUUUACAACUUGUCACACUUGCCGUCUCAUUCCCUCUGCUCUCUCUUCUUCCGCCAGCCCACACCGACUCUCCUCCCACUCGUCGCCCCUUGCGGUGAAAGAAGUUCGGUCCGCCACAACCCAACGGCUACCUCUCCUCUGGCAGCAUCUCCGCCGCCGACGUCCAUCACCACUUUCCCUGCCAUCCGCGUCUCGCUUCCGAGCUCACCUUGAGCCCAGUCGACUCUCGCCAAGACGCCGGCCCAACAACCCUUCCUCGGGCACGACAGAAACUCGCUUGUCGACUUCUCUCCGCCCACCACACCACACGUCAACAUGGCUGGCCCCAGGAAACUCCGCUGCGACCUCAACGGCUGCAAGGACGCCGCCCAGCGCAUCGUCGGUGACUGCGCCUUCUGCAACAAGCACUUCUGCGGCAAGCACCGCCUGCUCGAGGACCACAAGUGCGAGGGUCUAGAAGACUGCAAAAAGGAGGCGCACGAGCAGAACGCCGCCCAACUGCAGGCCGAGCGCACCCAAGUCAUCCGGGGCGUCUAAACGAAUGCAGGCGACGCGCGCCCGACCCGCCGAGUCACGCUCCGGAAGCACCCUCCCUCGCGCCGAGUUGGCGCAGACGAAGAGGCCUCCGAAUCGUCGAAACGGUGUACUCGGUAACGCCAAGGCCUCGCCGCCACGCGGAUACCGUCUUGCUUUAUCGACGGGAUGUCUUUGGCGCAUUACGCCCGAAGCACGAUGGCCUGCCGAGUGAGGCACACCGAACCGAACGCUCGCCAUCUUGGAUAGAGAAGACGAGCGGUCUGCUUCGCACCACAAAAAACCACACAACUAUCUCCGCCCUCGGCUUUUUCGAAUCUAUAAUCCCCCUCCGCACGCGCUCAUCACAUCACUCGGUCUCCGCUUUCGGCUUAUACAAGCCGCAACGCCAGACCGUUUCUCUGUCGUCACGGGCGGAAGGCGUCCCAGCAAUGCAAGAGCUGGCCGCAUAAUCCCCGCCGUCUCGACUUCGCUUAUUACACUUGCCCCGUUUCCCCAGUUAUGUUCUUGCAUGGCGUUAGGAAAGGUCACCUGGGAUGCUCUUUUUUGGGGGUUUGGGAGCGCCCUUCUGUGGGCGCUGUUUUGAUUUUGGAUAUGUCCAUUUGUCGCAUCUAGCCUGUUGACACGCCAGUAAGGCGUAGUCGGCUUUGCGAAUGGCAACCUUGAAUAUACACC